CAAUACAAACAAAAAACCCCCAAAAACAAAAUCAUCGUGAUCGUGUUCGUGCUCGUGCUCGUGUUGAUCCGAUGUCUCACAUAGCCGUCGAGCGAAACCGCCGGAGACAGAUGAACGAACACCUCAAAGUUCUACGUUCCUUAACCCCAUGUUUCUACAUCAAACGGGGCGAUCAAGCCUCGAUCAUCGGUGGGGUGAUCGAGUUCAUCAAGGAGCUGCAUCAAGUGGUGCAGUCGUUGGAGGCGAAGAAGCGGAGGAAGAGCCUGAGCCCUAGCCCGGGGCCGAGCCCGAGGCAGUUCCGGCUGAGCCCUCCGCCGGAGACCCCCUUUUCCGAUGACUUCAAGGAGCUGGGAGCCUGCUGCAACUCUCCGGUGGCUGACGUCGAGGCGAAGAUCUCGGGUUCCAACGUGAUCCUACGGACUAUAUCGAAGCGGAUCCCGGGCCAAAUCGUGAGGAUUAUCGGAGCCUUGGAGAGGCUUUCCUUUGAGAUUCUUCACUUGAACAUUAGCACCAUGGAAGAUACUGUGCUUUACUCCUUCGUCGUCAAGAUAGGGUUGGAGUGCCAAGUGAGUGUGGAGGAGCUAGCAUUUGAAGUUCAGCAAAGUUUCUGCUCUCAAGCAGCCUCCAUUAUGGAACAUGCACAAAUUUUGUCAUGAAAAAAAAAAUGAUCGAUGUUAUAUAUAUGUAACCCUAAAAUAUAUACAUACUUAUAUAUGUGAAGGGAAAGAAAGUGAGAGUAUUCACUACAUAUAUAUCUGGUUUGUAGGGAUAUGCAAAAUGAUGUUAUGAUCUCAUGCGUACGUGUUUGUUGUUUGUUACUAGCUACGUACAUUACAUGUUUUUUUAUCGAGUAUUAAAGUGUUUACAUUGGACUUAGCUAUA